AUAGGAGUAUUAUGCAACAACCUCCGUAUCAACUAGCUCCAAGAAAUGUAAUAAGGGGGCACUGCUCCUGAUCAUCUCCUUAUUCUAAUAUUAGGGCGAGGGCACUCGACAGAGAUUGCGAUUCCUCAUUGAAAGCGACAAACAACAAGGUUUGGCGUUUCGAUCGCUGGGCAUGCAUUGAAAUAUAUUUGCUGAGUUUCGUUGUGGUUUCUGGAAGCUAGCUCAUACGGAGCUUGUUGUAGAAUCUUCUAUUUGUGAAGUCUGUCACGAGAACCGUGGGAUACCGGAAGUCUUCUCGCAAGAAAUAGGAGACCAAUUGUAAUAAUACUGCUGUAGCUAUGCCAUGUUUUGUAGUAAAAUUAUUAUUUAUUAGCGAGAAAAAGUAAAACUCUUCUAAUCUCGAGUCUCGGCCCUUAGCCUCGAGUCGGGGUUUACCCAGACUCAGUCCAUCCAGUCCACGUGAACAGAACAUGAUAAUCACGCAUCACCCCGGGGGUUCACAUACUAGCAGAUCAAUGUUAUUAUGUGCCAUUACAGGUUUGAUCACUUGUUCGGUGACCGCCACACUGUAAACGUCACAGCUCUAUUUUUCUCUCUCAUCCAACAUGGGUCAUGAUGAGCUGAAGCGAAAAAUAUCUGAUGCGAUCAUUUAUACCAUCUCUCGAGCGCUGUCGUUCAAUGAAGAGCAAACUGAUGAACCUAGCGCUAACAAGUCACUUCCAAAUUGCGUCGGUACCAGGAUUUCCGAGUUAGAUAACCCGGUAAUUCUAAAGAUAUUCUCGUAUCUUUCGCGUGCGGACCUUCUAAAGGCCGCUGAAGUUUGCAAGCGUUGGCACGAGCUAUCCUUUGAUCGGAGCCUGUGGAGAAAUGUAGACCUGAAAGGUUACUGUAAGACGCUGAUGCAGGGGGAGCGCAUCACUGAAGUCACGGAGAAAUACCUGGUUUCCAAUGUAGUGGCGCUAGACCUUAGUGGCUUCAUGUUGACUGAUAGUAUACUAGGGACUCUAGCGAAUAACUGCCCAGAACUACGCAAGCUUGUCGUAAAAUCAGUCAACUUUCAGACGCAAGGGAAGGAAAAGGAAGUGCUAUUUCCCAAGCAUUUAAAAUUCCUAGAUAUGCGCUAUUCUCAUGGAAGUCUGCAGAUCUACAAAGCCAUUACGCGCUGCUUGCAAGACAUAAAGUGGCUUGGAAUCUGCGACGGAUUUAUUCUCGCGCUAAAAUGCGAUGGCUCAAAUUUAUCUGAUGUUUUGCGUGACUUGCGCAGUAUUGAGAAGCUCGACAUGAGCCACUGCAAGUUGGCCACCGACGCAGUACUGGCGGCCCUCUCGACCUCUGAGCGACUUCGAGUUCUCAACUUACGCAAGUGUCAAAAUAUACAGGGCGAAGCACUAGAGGUUCUUAUUCCCAACCUACAAAGUCUGGAGACCCUUAUCCUGGAUGGGACAAGCAUCGAUGAUGCCUGCAUAGCAAAGGUCCCCUGGGAACAAGCUGGAUUAAGAUAUUUAGAGCUUGGUUGGUGUCAUUUCAUCUCAAGUGAUGGUCUCUCGACACUUUUUCCUAAGGUCGCCCAAAUGGUCAACCUAGAAUACCUAGGGCUUUGCCGAGUAGGAGAUGGUAGAUCCUUAACAGACAAAAACUUGAUUCAACUCGCUAACCACCUCAAUUAUGGCAUUUGCACCAAUCUUAACGCAAUAAACUUCAGCAUGUGCGAUUCAAUCACAGACUUUGGGCUCCGCGCUUUUGUAAGGAAAUAUCCUAAAUUGAGCGCAGUAGACGCGACCAAUUGCGCGGGAGUGCGAGUAUUUUCCAGCGAGUUCGACUCCAGUAUGCCCUACGGGAGAAAAGCUAGCUUGAGUGAUACCAGGAUGGACGAAAAUAACGACGCGUAUACACCCCGUCGCAGGACCGGGAGCAGGGGGUCGUUCUCGGCUACUCAGUUCGCGUUGUCCAAGUAUGCACUCGAGACGCCACUCUGAUCGAAAACGCGCAUUGACGGGAGACUUGUCAAGUUACUGCGGGAAAUAGCGAGAGAAGCAGAAAAUAGGCAAAGAGUGAGAGAAGCAGAAAAAGGCGCAAAAUUUUGUUUGGAAAUAGCGAGUAGUCAAUCAAACUUGGGGGCGGGGCUAUGUAAAUAAAUGAAUGAAUGAAUGAAUGAAUGAAUGGAUUUAUUAUCCACAUUUGCAGAAGGUUUUAAUUGAAUUAUAGUGGUGGUCAGAUUUACAACACAAAUUUACUUUCUAAGCGCCUAGUUUUAGGUAACAAAACUAGAGAAUUUUAUUUCUAUAAUAAUGACAGGGUAAAAUUCAAUUUACCUCUGCCAUCUUAAUUUCUGGCAUUUUACGGCACUUUCUGUAAACAUUUCUGCAUUGUUUGAACCCUAAGAAAAUCGACUUUGGGUCCCUCCCAACGAGUUAACCAAUUUAGUUUCUUGUCGGUCGCACAACAACUAUUGGUGGCAAGAUCCUUUCAAUUAUCUUAUUAAAAUAUAAAUGGUUAGAAAUUACUUGGAA